UGGCGCGUAAUCUUGCAUGUGGUCUUUGUGUUUGGUCUUCGUAAUUUAGCUUGUCGUACAAGCAAACGAUCUUCUCAGCAUGGCUGAGAAGAGAUCUAAACGAGAACGGAAAGUGCGAUCUAAUACGGUAAGUUGUGUAAUUGAAAUUUUUACGGCUUUUGGUGAGAAAAUAGUUAUCGAGCUUUUUGCGGCGCUGGCAACUGCACACACAAAAGCGUUUAUGAAAACAAUGUGUUGAAAGUCGCUUGGAAAAGUGACUAGUUUACAUUUACUUGUGUUGAUACAAAGAAAUCAGGCGUCAAUUCUCGUACUGGAGAGCAGAUUUGAACGUCCUGUGUUAAAUUUGUGAGUAAAAAUUACAUACGCAAUGAUUAAGUUGAAGGGAAAUUUACACGAUAACUAGUUAUCGUGCGUGCGGACAUGAAAUCGACUAAUAAACUUGGUUCCAUGAAAUCGGUACGGUAAAUUCAACAUCUGUUGACACUUCUGUUUACAUGCAAGCUUAGUUGUUCUGAAAAAUUGUUUUCGACGGCUUAGCUCAUUGCGGGGGCUGAACUGACACGAAGGAUUCAGGUUUGCCGCAGAUUUAACUGUGUGCAUUGAGGUGCUCCCAAGAUUUGGAUCCUUUUUAGUCCAAAUUCGUGUGGAUAGAAACAGCUGUCUGGUGGUCGGAGAAAGUCUUACUGGUAUUGAGAUCUUUCUCCGGAACUUGUGUAAUUCCUUCAUGCUGUUACAUUGCUAAUUUAAAGUAAAGUGAAAAAAAAAACAAAAAACAAAAAAAAUGACAACGUUGCCUUGGUCCUUGUUCAUGUUCCCUAACACGGGUCUUAUACUCUAACAAUAUAAUAACUGUUUGGAGAGCAAUUUUUUAUUUGACAAAUCAGUAUUAAUAUUUGGUAUGUAGGGGUGAAAAUGUGACAAUGAUGGGACAUUGUCUUUUAAGGUGACUUAGAUAUGGCUUUGAUUCCUUAAUUUGCAAGUCACGUUUUAUGACUUUUCACCUAUCCAAAGCUCUUGAACGUAAACAUCAUUUAUUACAUUAGCCGGGUUCUGAAUCAAAUUUUCCUUAAAAAAAUUGUUGUUUAGGCAUGUCAAGCCGAAACAGAAAACAGUUUCCAAAUUUAGGUGACUUAUUAGACCAGACCAUAAACCAAGGCAAGCUGUGGCUUCUAUGCCUGUACUGGCACAAGAGUCAUUUUCGCUAGGCCCAAAACAUUUUUUAAGAGCAGGAUUGAUUACGGUUCUUCUGUGAUUUGAAUAUCCCCCCAAAACUUCACUUACCUGUCAGACAAGUUAAGAACAGAAUUCGAUACCCUGAUAACAAAAUCCACUAGCCCCUGGCUAUCGGACACAACUUUCUUUGCAAGCUGUAAACUAAAUAUUUCUGACUUCCUGACCUCCUGGACAGAGUUAACCAAAAUUUUAAACGUUUUCUCAGGGAUUCUUUGGAGCAGGUCUGCUGCACAAAGAAGAAGUAGAAUUGAGAAGGGCAUUGAAUGCAUCCUUAAGAGAAGUACGGCGAUCUCACACAAAGAAGGAAGAAAAGCCCAGUGAAUUUAUAGCAACGACAACAAGGUGUGUUUCGAGUACAACAAAUACAGAGGUAUCUCAGGAGGAUGAUCACUCUGAUGAGCCAUUGGAAGUGACAAAAACUGUUUGUAUUGGCACAAACACAAUGUUCCGGAUUAAGUCUGAUCGCUCUAAGAAGUCAGAUGGUACCAACAAAGGAAAAGGAGGUUCUUCCAAAAAGCAAAAGACAGAGAGGGGACAGAAAAUAAACAAAGCUUCUCAGCAGGAAAGUGAUUUGUUUAAAAAACCAUUGAAAAGGAAGAAUGGUGCAGAGAUCUCUUUUUGUUCAUUUAAAAAGAAAAAGAAAGGAAUUAAAGGGAUAGAAAGUGAACCAUCUUUUCAUAAUGGUUCUCAAAUGCCAUCUAGAUCCACAGCUGGGGAGCCCACUAAUAGUGGAGUGGUUGGAAACAAAGUGCGACUGAACGAGGAAAUGGGGAUGUCAUUGGAUAUUGUAAAGAAAGGGUUUAAAAGUCCAACUAAAACGAACAAAGUUUGUCAACUUUCUGGAGGAAAGAAACCAAAGAUGCUAGUUAAAGACAAAGCUGCUUUGUACAAGCCACUUCAUAAGAAAAAUAUGAAAAGUGCUCAUAAAAGCAAAAUUGUUCAGAGUUUGAAUGCGAAAUUUAGUGCUGCUGUGAGAGAUGAGACAUUGCUUUCUGCAGAAGUAAAGAAUGACGGUGACAUUCAAAGAGAUGAUACAGCUUGCAGCGAUAAAAUGAAGAAGAAAAGCUUUUCAGUACAAAAUGAUAAUGAAAAGUUAGAGAAAAUGUCAGGUCCCUCAGAAGUCAUCAAUAGUCAAGAUAAAAAUUGUGAACUAAGACUGCAAGUGACAAAUGCUGGUCAUGGAAAAAUGCGACGUCGGCUGAAGCAUAAGUUUAAAGAUAGAAAACUCGUGUGUCCACUCGGGGAGAUAUACAUACCAGCUAAUGUUGCCAAGACUGAAGACUUCCUUACGUUCUUGUGUUUAAGGGGUACGUACCUUGGGUACCUGCUUUUAAAUUUUUUUAUUAUAACCUUAAAACCAAUGAUAAAACAAAUAGCUAAGGCAUUGUCGUCCAACUAAUUGGAUUCAAUAGUUUCUAUUGAAAGUAUCCCCUCAGUCUGUAAGCCUCUACAGUUGCAGUCUAGUUACCUUUUUGUGCUCAGUAUUUGUGUUUCCUUGCCUACUAUUACCGGUCCCUUAGCCUUCUUUAGCACAUUUUUCCUCUUGUUAGAAAUUUGCCACCCCCUUUCCUACAAAUUCCAACCUUGUUGCUCACAGUUCUGACUCUUUCCUUCCAUAGCCCUUUGAAUCAAAGCCCCAUUAUUUUCAUCAAAUUAAUACCCAUUUUCUUAACCAACCCCCCAUGUCUUGGUCCCCAUCCCUGUCCACCAGUUUUCACUCCCUUUCUCCAAUAAUUUUCCAACCCUUUCUCUAACCUCAAUCCUGUCCUAUUUAUUGUUUUUUCUUUUGUUUAAAAACUGCCUUCCUUUUAACCAAGAAGGUAUCACCCACCCCUUUUUUCUGUUUUCCACUCCUUUCCCCUGGCAAUUUAUACUUCCUUUUUCCUAGAUAAUAUUCUGCCUCUUUAUUCUCCUCAUAAGACUCUUAAGUUAGGCAGCCACUAAAGUUUAAUGCAUUGAGUAGGACACUCAAAGAGCAAGUCAACUCCAGCUCUUGGGGUAAUGCCUUCAGUAACCUGCGAUCAGAGGUUUCUCUCUGGCAUGGCCUUUAGCAUUUACAAAGUUGUUCAUGGGGCUUGUCUGUCACAUAGUUAGCUUGUUUACGCCUUGUGUUUCUCUGGGGCAUAUAAAACAAACCAACUACGUGACUGACAAGCCACAUGAAUGACUUUGUUAACGCUAAAAGCCAAGCAAGAGAGAAUAAACCUCUGCUCGCAGAGUAUGCGUUAAGAAGUGUAGCACACAGUCUAUUAUUUUGCAGGAUUGUCACUAAGGGCUGGGGGAAGUGGAUUUCCCCCAGCUACUAUGACAAUGUCCCCUGGCUACUUUCAUGGGAAGCAAAAGGAAAAUUGAACUAAAAGAAAUAUAUUCCUAGCUCUUUAAUUCCCUUCCUCCUAAUUGCUUAUACCUGGCGACUUGAAAUCUUAGCAACAGCCCUGCUAUUUGCCACAAGUACCGGUACAUUUAGCUCCAUAGUUCUCUCUGAGAUUAUCAUAAUUUAGUAGGUAGUAACAUAAUAGUUUAAAAAUAUCUCAUGUAAAAAGAGCAGUAUGAAAAGGCCAUGUCUAUAAUCUCACACACUACUUAUAGAUCAGAGAGUAUGUUACUAUGAUAUUAUUAUUGUAACAUAUUUUCUCUUCUUCUAGGUAAUUCCAGUCUUCCAAGAUGUUUUGAUGUGUUCAAAGAUCCAGAUCCUUUUUUUACACAGCCGGCACAGCAGUUUCCUGGUAACAUGGCUCUUCCCUGUUCAACAUUCCCUAUGCAAUCAUCAGUGAUUUAUUCUCCUCCCUCAUCAUGUACCCCUAGUGAGUCAUCAGCACCCUCACCCAUGUCAUCAACUGAUGGCUGGAUAAUUAAUGAUGACUGAAAUACCCUAAUGAUUAAUUUUAUUUAAGUGAUAAAAAUGUUUUGUACUUUUCCAGCACAGCUCUAGUUUGAACUUUUAAAACGUCCAUCAAAAAUAAUCUUGUUAUAUACCCUGGAACCUUCAAUCUUUAGCAGUAGCCAAGUUUUCAUGCCUAAUUUCUAAUCCACAGGCUCAAAAUGUCUUCCUUUGAAAACCCCAUUUAUUUAUUGAUUAUCUAAAUCCUGUUGAAAAAUUCUGCACAGAAAUGGCAGAGCCUGUUGAACAGUGCAUUAUUACUUAGUUAUCUCCAUUUUGAUUAAUAAUAAUUUGGUAUGAGCUAUGCAACUUGGGGGCAUACUUGCAUCUUUUCUUCUCUAACCAGUGCCCUUGACCUUGUAGAGGUGAAGUGAAGCGGAUAGACACUAAGUUGUUAUAUCCAUGGUGUAAAUUUGUAGAUUAAAUUUUCUGGCAAAAACCUGUCAGAAGCAAGGCAGAUAACCUGUAAGAUACUGUAACAAUUUCUAGUAAGAGAAACAAACCUUGUUCUGUAAAUUUCAUCUAAUGGGCUACAAAAGGGAGCUUUAAGCAAAGACGUUUUUUAGCCACGUACGUCAACCGGAAGUGGACUUUUGGCAUUCUUGAGCAGUGGUUUUGCCCAAUUUUCAAGCAAGUCAUCUCUAUAAGAGUACAAACACUUAGCAAUACAAAUUUGGUAACAUCAAGGCAUAUUAAAAGGGAAAAGACAUAUCACUUCUGGCUGACAUACGUCGCUCAAAAACUUGUUUUGCUUAUUAGUUCCCUGAUGAUGUCAAAGCCAAAAACAUUCGCACUUUUCCAAUGUUUUCUAGUUCAUCAUAGCGAUUCUGUGUAUGGUCACAUGCAUGUUUUAGCAGAAUGCACUGUAUUUUUAAAACAGCUUUCUUCUGAGAGAAAAUACCGUGCUGCGUUUCACGUAUGAAGGAAUGACAAAAGGUUUUGUCCACCGUUGAAGUGUAUUUGCAAUUUAUAUAAAAUAGGUAUGCAUGUGGAAGUAUGGUCAACUCUCUUUAUGAAGGACUCUUUUGCAACCAUUAGUGUUUUUAUAAUGGCCUGGCCUGCAGGAAAAGAAUUUGUUUUGGGCAUCCAUGUAAUAGAUCCUUUAUUGACCAAUCCUCUUCGGUCAAUAUGGCUGAAUG